UUUUCGUUUUCCAAUAUCUUAAACCCCACAUCUGGCAGCCUAAACGAACCUAAACAACUAAUCUCAACCCAAAAAAAUAAAAUGUUUUAAAAUUCAAACAAAGCAAACAAUGUUUGUACAUAUUUGAUUUUUACAAAUGAUAAAUCGAAAAGCUAGCAGCAAGCUAAUGCUAAAAAACUGAAUUAUAUUAUUCUGAUAAGAAAUUUAUUAUAUUUUUUGCUUUUUAUUUUAUGUUAAAUCAACAAAAUACAAAACCCGAUGUAAAAAAACCGAAUGAAUUAAUGAAAACAAACCAUCAUAUAGCAAGUAAAUUGCAAAUACAAAUAUAUAGAUGAGUGACUGACUGACUGGAUCUACGAUUACUAUAUGCUUUAACUGUGGACGUAUGUUUGUAUGUAUGAGUGUUUAACGUAUGAAAAUAUUUUAGUUCUGAAACGUAUUGAACUGAACUGAGUAGAGUGUCAAACAAAAUUUUGUACGAUUAAGAAGAAUAAGAGCAGUUCAGUUGGCCGACUGUUUGUUUGUUGUUAUUAACAGCAGCAAUAACAGCAACAAAUACAAAAAAAUACUUGUGUAUAAUUUUGAAACAUUCAUACUGGUAGUAUCAGUCAAUAGCUUGAUCGAGGGGUGUUAACGUGUGUAUAGAAUUUUUAACUUGUCUCGUCUAUCUAUUUUUUUUUUUACAUUUUUUUACGAAAUAUAUUUUCGUUUUAAACAACAAAAGAUCGUAUCGUUAAAUUUUGAAAACGGUUUAAUCUCUUAUCACAAAAAGUUUUUUUUAAUUGACGCUAUUAACUUAUUUAUAGUGGAAAAGGUAAUAAGUGUUUUUGGUCCUCUUGUUGAAAAUUAAAUUGUGUCGUAAAACAACAAUAACAACAACAACGUUUAAUUUGAUUUGAUUUUUGCAAAAAUAAAAGUGUCUAUAAAAUAUUAAAAGAAAGAAAUUAAAGUGCACAAAGAAAGUAUAGAAACCCCACAAUUUAUGAUAAUUUUAAAUUAGUUCUUAUUUAAAGGGGCUCUAGUGAAGACGUUUAAAGUUUAAAAAAAAAGAGUCCCUUUUGAAAAAAAAAAAAAUAAAAAUAAAUUUAAAAAACAAAUUCAAAGAAAAAAUUUCUAAUCAGCAGAAUUUUAAUUUAUGAACGAAUAUAUUGAACUACCGUGGACCAUGCAUACUUCCAGCGGUGAUGAUGAGGCUUCUAAGGAUCCUCGUAUAAGCGAACAGGACUUUACACAACAAUUUACAGAAAAUGAUUUUGAAGGACAUCGAGCACAUUCUGUUUAUGUGGGCGUACAUGUACCUGGCGGUCGACGCCAUUCACAAAGAAGACGCAAACAUCAUCACAGCAAAAGUGAGAGUAGCGGUGAUGAAAGACAACAGGAGGUGGAAAGACCAGUGACACCACCUGCUCAACGUGUACAAUUCAUAUUGGGUGAAGAUGCCGACGAUGGAACACACGUUUCACAUCCCCUAUUCUCCGAAUAUUUAACGUUGGUUAAGGAAGGUGACGAAAUUGAAUGGAAAGAAACUGCACGAUGGAUUAAAUUCGAAGAGGAUGUCGAGGAGGGCGGUAAUCGUUGGUCAAAGCCACAUGUGGCCACUUUGUCAUUACAUUCAUUGUUUGAACUUAGAAGCCUACUGUUAAACGGCACCGUAAUACUUGACAUGGAAGCCAAUAAUUUGGAUUUAAUAGCAGAUUUAGCCUGUGAACACAUGGUCAAUGCCAGAGCACUACCACCCGAAUCACGUGAUAAAGUUAAGGACGCUCUAUUACGACGUCAUCGUCAUCAGCACGAGUACAAUAAGAAAACAAAAUUGCCAAUAAUACGCUCUUUGGCAGAUAUUGGUCGCAAUCAGUCAUCAUCGAAAAUGGAAGAACAUAGUUAUUCAUCAGCACCGGGUCUCACAGCAACAUCACCCCUAUCACUAACAGCCAGUACGAAUGGGAAUAAAAGUGAUGACAUCAGUGCCAUGGGUGGACGUUUCUUAACUGUACCAGGUGGCACUAAAUCACCAAAAAACCUAAGCGUGCCAAAUGAACAAGUUAAAAAAUUACGUAAAAAUAAUAAAGUGCCCGUUAUAACAGAAGACAUGAUCAAAAGCCCCAGCAGUCAGUCGAUACAACGCAACAGCAGUGGCACCGAUUUGAGCGAUCAUCGUGGCAAUAUGAAUUUUAUGCGCAAAAUACCACCCGGUGCCGAGGCUAGCAAUAUUUUGGUGGGUGAAGUAGAGUUCUUGGAAAAACCUUUGGCUGGUUUUAUACGCUUAAAGGAGGCUUCUGUUAUGGGUGAUCUAACCGAAGUACCAGUUCCCACCAGAUUUAUAUUUAUAUUAUUAGGACCACCUGGCAGCCAAAGUAAUUUUCAUGAAAUUGGUCGUGCCAUGGCUACGCUGAUGUCUGAUGAAAUCUUCCAUGAAGUGGCCUACAGAGCUCGCAAACGUGAUCAUUUGUUGGCCGGUAUAGAUGAGUUUUUGGAUGCUGUUACGGUAUUGCCACCCGGUGAAUGGGAUCCUACUAUACGUAUAGAACCUCCAGCUGCCAUUCCUUCACAAGAGAUACGCAAACGCCCAGAGGUUCCCAAAGAAGAAGUAGACGAAGAAGAGGAAGAACAACGUCUCAGAGAAGAAUCAGGCUUAUCGCGUUCAGGUCGCAUAUUUGGUGGUUUAAUAAAUGAUGUCAAACGUAAGGCUCCGUUUUAUUUAUCGGACUUUACCGAUGGCGUUUCAAUGCAGUGUGUGGCCUCUUGGAUUUUCUUGUAUUUUGCUUGUCUCUCUCCUAUUAUUACUUUCGGCGGCCUAUUGUCGCAGGCCACUGGUAAAAAUAUGGCUGCCAUGGAAUCUUUAGUAUCUGGUUUUGUUUGCGGUAUUGGUUAUGGUCUAUUCUCGGGUCAACCUUUGACCAUAUUGGGUUCAACUGGUCCGGUUUUGGUAUUCGAAACCAUAGUUUAUGAUUUUUGCCUCAAACAAGGCUGGGAUUAUAUGACCUUCCGUUUCUGGAUAGGCACUUGGAUAGCGGUAAUAUUGCUUAUAUUAACAGCUAUAGAUGCUAGUGCUUUGGUCUGCUAUAUAACCCGUUUUACCGAAGAAAACUUUGCCACUCUUAUUGCAUUUAUAUUUAUAAUGAAGGCUGUUGAAAAUGUUUUGAAAAUCGGUAAAAAGUUUCCGGUUAAUCAGGAUAUAUAUGAUUGUGUUUGUACUCCCCCACCGGGUAGUAAUGCCACCAUAUUGGAUUUUGCCAAAUACGAGAAAAAUUAUUGUCUGGCUAACAAUGGCACUUUAGUGGGCUUAGAUUGUGACCUUCCAGAUAACUCCAAUAUAUUCCUUAUGUCCGUUAUAUUGUUUUUGGGUACCUUUAUCAUAUCUACCAUUUUGAAAGAUUUCAAAAAUGCUUUAUUCUUCCCCACUGUGGUACGUCAAUAUAUCAGCGAUUUCUCUGUUAUUAUUGCCAUUGUCAGCAUGAGUUUGUUGGACUUCUUUAUGCAAGUGGAGACCCCUAAACUAGAGGUGCCUCAUGAAUUGAAACCUACAUUACCCACCCGCGAUUGGCUUAUACCACCGUUUACUGAAAACAAUCCCAUCUGGUCAGCGGUUAUUGCCGUUAUACCCGCCAUGUUGGGCACUAUUCUGAUAUUCAUGGAUCAACAGAUUACAGCUGUCAUUAUCAAUCGUAAAGAGAAUAAAUUGAAGAAGGGCUGUGGUUAUCAUUUGGAUCUUUUCAUUUUGGCAAUAUUAAUACAAAUUUGCAGUGCUAUGGGUUUGCCUUGGUUUGUGGCCGCUACUGUUUUAAGUAUUAAUCAUGUUAAUUCUCUAAAACAGGAAUCAGAGUGCUCUGCUCCUGGUGAAAAACCUCAAUUUCUGGGUGUUCGUGAACAGCGUGUUACACAUGUCUUGAUUUUCCUUACCAUUGGUUUGUCGGUCUUCUUAACGCCCAUUUUGUGUCAUAUUCCUAUGCCGGUUCUGUUUGGCGUUUUCCUGUAUAUGGGUGUGGCCUCUCUCAAGGGUUUACAGUUCUUCGAUCGUAUUUUAAUCAUGUUUAUGCCGGCUAAAUAUCAACCUGACUAUAUGUUUCUUAGACAGGUCCCCAUUAAACGUGUUCAUCUCUUCACACUCAUACAAUUGGCUUGUUUAAUAGCCUUAUGGCUUAUAAAAUCCUUCUCAUCGACCUCCAUAUUGUUCCCUCUAAUGUUGGUUGUUAUGAUUGGUAUACGUAAAUCACUGGAUUUGAUAUUCACACGCCGUGAGCUUAAGAUACUCGACGAUAUAAUGCCCGAGAUGACAAAGAGACAAAAUGCCGAUGAUCUGCAUCAAUUGGACGCUGAGGAUCAUCAUGAUAAGUAUGAAAAAUACAAUUCAACUAUGAAUCCUGGACCCACGACAAUACAUAUACCCCUGGCAAAUGGGGGAGCCAACAACAAUGCAACGUCCAAUCUACAAGGAAAUGUAACACAAGACGUUCAAAGAACAACCAUAUGGCAACAGGUUAAUAAGGAUGGUACAUCGGCCGAUCAAUUGAUAAUACCGGUAACUGCCAAGGUGCGACAAAUCAAUGGCAGUCAAAAUAAAAAUAAUCAACGCUUAUCUACCAUGAAUGAGGAAGAUGACGAAAAUUUAUCAACACCUAAAAAUUUCAAUAAUCUAGCGCUUAAAGUUGAAGCCUGCAAGGAUAUGACCCACAACGGUUCCAGUAAUAUUAUAGAUUUCAGCAAAAAUGAUAUAACACCCGUCUAGAUUGUAAUGGCACACGUUCAAAUGUUUAUGAAUAUCUGUCAAUCAUGUAGUAUUUACUAAGUAUUGCUAAUAUAGUAAAAUGUGUGUGCGAUAUAUAUUAAUCUAUAAUUUCUCUCCAUGUACUAUUUGUGAAACGAUAUUAUUUAUUUAUUAAUUAUUUAUGACAGAAAUCGUAGUAGAGAUUUAAUGUUU